CAGGCGCCGGGCUGCAGGACCGGGCGAAGCCGGAGGUGAGCGGGGGUGUGCCGUGAACGCUGUUAGGGAGCCCGGCCGCCUCCCCUUCCUUCUCCAUUUAUUCCCGCGCCGCCGCGGCAGGCUGUCCGGCCGGCUGAGAGCAUGUCAUUCCCUGUGGAUAUAUUGAACAAUUACAGUCAUGAGGAAUUGGAGAACUCAGCAGAGGACUACCUCUUUGACCUUCGGUGGGGGAAUCCAAACUCACCUGAAUUCUUUUCUCUGCCAGACCACCGCAAGGUUCCUAUUACCUUGACAUCUGUGUGCUUUGUUCCUCUUUAUGGUCAAGAGCAGACACACAAAGUUCUUGCACUGUUUCCACCAUGGGACUCAUUCACAGCUGUAGCCCUGUAUCUUGCUGACCAGUGGUGGUCAAUUGAUGACAUUGUGAGAACAUCUGUCCCUGCUAGACAGGGGCUUCAUCAGGUGAAGUCUGUUGGAGAGAGAGUUGUUCUCUAUGUUCUAAAUCGAAUUAUCUAUCGAACACAAGAAAUGGAAAGAAAUGAGGUCCCAUUUCUCUGUCAUGGUAGCAGCCAUUAUGCUAAGAUCAUGUGGAAAAAAGGAGAGGCUAUUGGGUUCUAUUCUGUUAAACCUACAGGAAGUGUUAGUAGCUCUCUUCUUCAUCAGAAGUAUAAGUUGCCAGUGCUAGACACAAUGUUUGUUAGAAAGAAACAUCGUGGGAAAGACUCUGGGUUAAUCAUGUUGGAAGACUUUGUGGAUUCCUUUACUGAAGAGUCUCUUGGCCUACGAUACCCGCUGUCACCUUUCAUGUAUACAGCUUGUAAGCAGUACCUUGAGAAGUACCCUGGGGAUAAAAACCUUUUGUGGCAAGUGGAGGGAGGAGGAGAAUGGUUCCAGAAAAAGUCUAUUAUGUCUAUAGUGCAAAACGAGAAUCUCAGAAUUGCAGCAGAGGCCUCAAAGAAGGAAAAUAAGAGUUUGCAAGCAGAGGACAAUUUUUGUCAGUCUGCAGUAUCUGAAGCAGGUGGACCAAGGACUGAGGUAGAAACACAACUAAGUGCUGACUCUCAAAAAGGUAAAGAAUCAACAGAUGUCCAUGCAAGCACAUCUGAAGACCCUAAUGCAGCUCAUGUUUCCAUCUGGACACGAAGCAGCCAUUUAAAACGUCAGAAGCUAAAUAGAAAUAGACAGGAAGCUCGACUUGAAACUUCCCAACAAGAUGAGGAAAAUGCUCUUCAAAUGUCCAAAAGCAGACCGGAACUCCUUGCCCAUACAUCUGAAAGCUCUGAAGACUUAGUAGAAGUGCCUAAGGUGGAUACUGUUGAGAAGGAUGAGGAAAUAACUGUGGAAAAUGAAGACCAGUCUGUAUUAGAAGCGGAAAUGCAUGUAUCACCCUCUGAGAAACAAAGUGAGAUGGAGGAAAUGCCAUCAGAACCUCUUAAUGGUGAGGUAGCAGAAGAAACUGAUAAAACCUCACUCAUGGCUGAAGGGGAGAUGGUGAAUGAAGUUCCAGGUGGUGAAUCAAAAUUGCUGUCUGAGAAUCAAGGAAAAGAACCUGUAUCACCAUUUGUUCCAUUAACCCUUGAUGCUGCAGCAAAACCUCCAGAAGACACUGAAUCAGAGAAGGUUUUAAAUGAAAAUGAUUCAGAAAUGCUGACUGAAGAAGUUACAUCAGUAGAGAAGGAGGGCACUGAAGAGCAGCAAGAAUCUGAAAAGCCCAGCACUGAAAAUGCAGCUGCUUUGGCAUCAAAGGAAGAGCCCUCUGACAAUGGCCUGCCCAACUCUGUGGCAACUGAAGCAGCAGAAGAAUCUGUUUCUGAAAACCUACCUUCCUCAUUAGAAGAUCAAAAUGAGGAAGCAGGGCACAACUCGCAGGAGGCCCCUGCUGCCUUGAGUCAGAGCUCCUUGGUAAUGGUUGAACUUGAGGGCGUUUCUUUUCAGCAGCCUUCUGGACAGGAAGCACAGAAGAACCAGCUGGAAGAGCCCUCAGAAGAGUCUGCAGAGCAGACAGAUCACUACACGCAGACAGUGGCAGAGCGGGCUGCUGACAGCAGCUCUGAGGAAGCAGAAAUUGAGGUACCUGUUGUAGAUCGGAGAAACUUGCGAAGAAAGGCUAAAGGCUACAAAGGUCCACCCAAGAAAAAAGGAAAGCCAGCUUAAAAAUCAAAUUGUGAUAAUUUAUCUAUUUAUAACAAGGCUAUUUUGUGUAAAACGUUAAGGUGUAACUGCACCAUAUCUGGCACAGGACACAUGUGCUUAAAAUUCUGUGUUGGAUUUCCUCUUGGGUUCAUCAUCUUUCCUCAAGUUUUGAUUUGUUAGUUUUUUAAAUUUAACCACUGGAAAUUGAACUUUUUCAUAGUAUGAAAGUAAAUAGCUAGUCUCCUCCCUCCAUAAAGGAUACAUGAUGAAUAAAUACAGUUGUGCUAUCAAAGGGAAUAGUUUGCAUAUUUGAGGUGGUAGUCAUGGAAGAAAAAUGCAGUGUGAAAUCCUGGCCCAGUCAAGGUCCCAUAAAUUGCUAUAGACUUCCUUGUCACUGGACAUGACUCGAGAUAAUUUUUUUUAAUAACUUUGUGUUCUCUACUGUGGAGAAAAGCAGAACAAGAAAAAUCCUUCAUAGUUUCUUGUUCUCUUCCCACAGGCUUAAGAGAUGAAAAGAAUGUAAGAUUCUUCAUUCUAGGUCUCAAAAUGUACAAGAAGGUAUAGCUCAGUAGAUCAAUGCAACGUGAGCAGCACUUUUCUUUCAUGAGAAUAACUUGAAACAGCUGAGUCAGUAGAAUGCAGUGUAGUGCCUGCCACAGGGCUUCCUGAUAAUGGAUUUCUUUAGCAAAGAUUAAGAGAUGCCUACGCGGUAAACUAUUUGUAGCUUCCAAAGCAAGCAUUUUGGUAAGCCCAGGUUUUUCCAGACUUUAUGGAAUGGAGCCUCCGUAUGGAAUAAUUUGAACUGCCUUGCUAACUAUUUGCAUGUGUUGAGUGGAUAGCUGCUUCCUUGUUGCAUUACAGGAAAAGGAUAUGACAACUCUUGAUCUUGUUUUGGUCUGAAUGGAAGUGGUUCUUUGUGUUUUCCAAAUACUUGGCUGAUGCUGUGGGGUAACUACUAAAAUGUUGUGUCUUCCAGGUGUGCAACUCCUGUGAGCACUAACAUUUCAGGUGGUUGUGAUAUUCAUUAGUGUAUUAGUGGGUAUUUCAGCAAAUGCUUGCUUGCCAAACUUUAUGCCUUUAGGAGUUAGUGGGUGAUACCUUGCAAAUACUUCUGAUUCCCACUUUUGUUUUUUAACUGGAGUGUAAUUUCUGGGAUGAUAGCUUCCCAGUGGAUGACUUUUCUUAAAAGCAGCAACCAAAAUUCACUUAUGCCAACAGGAAUAAACCCAGACUUUUCAUGAUCAUUUCCCUUCUGAGGUUCUCUUGGCAAACUGUGUAUUUAACUUGUCACAUGUACCUAAGUUGGCCUUAGUUUGCUGUGUAUUUCUUUCCAAUAAAUGCAGAUCCUUUUGUAAUGGGCUAAAAACUCAGAAAUAAAAGAACAGUGGUUCUGAGAACAGAAAAUUACACCUUUUGUCCUGCAUAUGCCUUUUCCAAGAUGCAUGAACUAGUCUUUUGCAGUGUCGCAAAAACAGAGGUACAAGGUUCACUUGAAUAGUUGCAAUGCUGUCUUAACUUUUAUCCCUUUGAAGUUAAUGUAAGAAUCUGGUUUUGGAUUUUUAUGCCUAUAAAGGUUUACUCUAUUUAUAUGAUAUUUUAACUAUUUAAGGUACAUUCAUACUUUUUUUUUUCGAGUGAUGAAGUACCAUGCUCCUUUUUUCUGUUAAGAGCAAUUUACAGGGAAAAAAAAAAAAAGGCAGUUUUAAAAAAUCAUGUGUUAACUUUAGAUUCAGGGUGUGUGAGAUCACUGAGUUAGAUAUGCGUUUCUUGAACUAUUGCAUGUAGCUAUAGUAUCUUAUCAAUGUACAUACAGAUACUCCAUGAUUGAUAAAUAUUAAAGAUCUUUCCUGAUUGUGUGUAAACAUAUUCAAGUGAACCUUAAGCAUUUCUAAAACUCAUAAAGCUUUUUAUAUGAAGCAUAUAAGACAAAACUUUUGAUAUUUUCUGUAUGAUUUCUCUUUUACUGCUGAGAUUAAUUGUUUUAAAAAAAGAAGUGGCUGGAAAACACACCUAUUGCAAUUCUAAGAAUUGGGGAUUUUUGAGGCCUGGUGGCUCUCAAAAAAAUAGAGUGGUUGUACACAGUAUACUGCAACUCAUCUUCUAUUUUUAGGGCAAUCUUUACUGAAGAUUCAUCUUCUGAGUCCUUCAAUUGAUACAAAUGUAUCCACUUUGAAAAAGUUAAGUAUUUUACAUAAGAGCCCCAGUAAUUUCAAUUCUUCUAGGUGGAUUUUUGAUAUGUAUGUUUAUCACGUAUACUCCUGGUGAGGUUGGUAAACUAUUCAUGAGAAGGUAAUUUCUCUCACCCAGCUUUUACUUUUCAUGGCUAAGUUGGAAUGAUUUAAAUUAAUACCUUUAUUUUGAGACAUUUGCAGAGUAAGAACAUAAAUAUUAUGAGAUUAUGAUAUUAAGAUAGUUUUGGUUUCUAUUGAGAACAAUAAAAUCUCUGAUUUCAUUUCAGUGAGUCAGUUUUAAAUACUGAACUUAAAUUCACAUGUUGUAAGUAUACCCUUGAGUAGAUAUCUUGAAAAAUCUGGGGUGCCUGGGAUAAUAGCUGAUGAGCAGACUUUUACAAAUAGAAUGUGGGCAGUUGUGGUGCAAUUAGCAAUUCCAACAACCAGUACAGUCAUGAAAGAAGGACACUGUUCUAACAGUGAUCACAGCAGUACUUUGCACCAAAGAACACAUUUUAUUUCUACAACAACUUCUUUGGCAUCAGUCUUUCUCCAGUAAAUGCAGAGUAGCAAAAUCAAAAUACUGACUUUAAGUAAUAGUUUUUAUUGCUGUACUGAUUGUCCCACAGGAGCAGUAGUUCAAUACCUUAUUAAUUCUUUUACACUUAUGUAAGGAAAGGUGUUUGACAACUAUAUUGAUUGGAGUGCUUUACCUUGGGGACUAUUAACUGUCUUAUUAACAUCAAACUCUUAAACAAUUUUAAAGAUCCUACUGCACCAGCAACGAAAGGUUAAAAGAUCAACUUUAUACAAGUUUGUACCAAAUGUUAUUACAACAUGCUGUGGAACUAUGUGUGUACAGUGAAAGCAGGCAGUAUUAUUUUUGAGCUUUAUUUAGUCUAGGAAUAGAGUUUAAAGAACAUUAAUUUGUGACUUCAGCCUUGCACUUAAAUGGUAAAUGGUUUUGUACUUGAAUCCAAUAUUUGUUCAAAUGUCUGUCUUGUACUGCUUCUCCCAUAUUCUCUCUUGGUCCAUUUUAAUUUAAUGCAGAAUUCUUGUUUGCUGUUCUCCUGUUUCACAGUCCUUCGCAUGAAAGUGUAUACAUCUUAUUUCAAAAGCGCUUUAACUUAUUUCAAAUGAUGUCUGACCUUGCUGCUUUUUUGUACCAUUUCUUUUGUAAAUGUCAAUAAUCAAAUUGAUCAUUUACAAUGUCAUUUACACUAUUAGCAAGAAAUUGGCCUAAGUUUCAGCUUCCUUGCUUCUAAGUGACUGUUCUAAACUAUUACUAUGGGGAUACACUUUAAAUUUAUUUCCACAAAUGUGGUGUUAGAUGUUUUCUAAACUGGUGAUACCCUGUUUAUAAAUCUUAUGAAAGAUGUAUUGCUAUUGCAUAGUAUUGUACCUUAGUCUUGUUACUGUGUUAAUUUUUCCUUUUUUUUUUUUUUGUACUGUCUUGGCUGCUUUUGAAAUGUUUUGAAGUAGUAAUAAACUUUUAUUUUGUGAUUA